GUGCGUCCGGUGGUAUAUGAUACUGUCAUAAGCAAUCCAUGAUAUCAUGCAUUUGAAUUUUGUACUAAACCAGUUUGUCCACGACAUAGCUCAUUCAUCGAAGCUUCUUUUCGAAAUAUGCAUCGGACUCUAAUACACUUCCAUCAGAGUCCAUCCAUCGUACCCAAGCACAAAAAUUAAAAUGCCAUUUCCCUACAAAACUGUACUGGUGGUUGGCGCCACCUCAGGUAUUGGAUUUGCCCUCACUGAGAAAAUGCUUUCCGAAGGCGUCACCAAAAUCAUAGCUUUGGGUCGACGUCAAGACAAACUCGAUGAAUUACAGAAAAAUCAUGGAGAUGUGAAAGUUUCAACUGUCAACUUUGAUAUUACGAAUCUUGAGGGUAUUCCCAGAAUGGUUGAGGGAGUCCUCAAGUCACACCCCUCCCUCGACUGCGCAUUCCUCAAUAGUGGAAUACAACGUUCUCUCGAUUUUACGCAACCUUCAUCUAUAGAUCUCGAUUCGAUCUCUAUAGAAUUCACGACUAAUUAUCUCUCCCAUGUUCAUCUUACCAAAGCACUUCUUCCACAUCUACAGAAUAGAGUCAAGGGUGGCGAAAACGCAGGAUUGAUAUUCACGACUAGUGGCUUGGCUUUGGUACCAAUUGUACGAUGUGGAAAUUAUUGUGCAAGCAAAGCUGCUAUGCAUCAAUUAAUUCUCGUUAUGCGGGAACAGUUGAGAGAUUUGGGUCAGGGCGAAGAUGGGAAUACUGCGGAAGGCAAGGCUUCGGGGGAGAAUAAAAAGCGCAAGGGGAUACAAGUGAUUGAAAUCUAUCCACCGGCUGUUCAGACAGAGCUUCAUGACGAGAAACAUCAGCCGGAUAUUAAAGACGGCAGGAAUAUGGGAAUGCUGUUGGAUGAGUUUACAAAAGAAGCGUGGAGAGGAUUGGAGAGGGGCGAUGAAGAUAUUCCUGUGGGGACGACGUGGAAGGGAUUUGGUUAUGAGGAGGUGGAGACGAGGAGGAAGAGAUUAUUUGGCGAGAUGAUUGAGAAGAUGCAAGGCAAUUGAGGUUGCAUCGACGAUUUAAGGGAUCUGAAGAUAAGUUUCGGGACAGGUAUGGGUGAGCUGUAUAUUGAACCUGGCGAAUGGUUCGAGUGGGAAACGCAACGUGCUUCGACUAUACAAAGCUGC